AUGUCAACAAUUCCAAAAACUGCUAGGCUAGAUGCUGUCAUCCCAGCUUCCCAUCAGAAAGUUUUUGCAACCUUGUUGAGAGUUAAUGCUGAAAAGGGUCUUAAUACUACCCUUCGCGUUGCCGGUGGGUGGGUACGCGACAUGCUUCUUGGUUUGUAUUCGAGUGAUAUUGAUAUCGCUAUUGAGUCACCUUCAGGUUCAGUAGUGUCAGGGGAGCGAUUUGCCAACGAAGUAUCAGCCUUUGAGGCGACGGAAAGCGGGAAAGCCCAUACAGUAGGUGUUAUCCGAGUUAAUCCAGCUCUUUCUAAGCAUAUCGAAACUGCCACUGUUUGUGUGCAUGGCAUCCCGGUCGAGUUCUGCGCGCUUCGAGCGGAUGAGUACUCUUCAGACACCCGCAUCCCACAAGUAAGGCCUGCCACUCCCUUGGGGGACUCUCUCCGAAGGGAUUUUACCGUAAACGCUCUUUUUUACAAUCUCAACACUAACAUCGUAGAGGACUACACCACAGGUCUUGAAGACCUUCAGGGGUGCAUUAUUCGAUGCCCGCUUUCACCAAAGGAAACGUUUUUCGAUGAUCCGCUUCGUUUACUGCGGGGGGUACGCUUUGUCGGCCAGCUUGGGAAGCUGAAUUUUAGUCUUCAUAACAAUAUUCUUGAGUCUGUGGACGACGAGUUGCUUGAUAAGCUGUCUCAUAAAGUGUCUCGGGAGCGUGCUGGCACUGAAUUUACUAAAAUGAUGACUACUGCUUUUCCUGAAAAGUGUGUUGAGUUGCUUUUUGACAUGCGCUUGCUCCAAAAAUACUUAUUAGCGGAGGUUUAUAUGAAGCAGCUUCCAGGUAAAAAGAAGUUUUCAUCGGAAAUUGAACGAAUCGAGUAUCUAUCUGACAAAGAAAUCAAUAGUCAGCGCGCUCUUGAGAGCGUCAUGGAGCUCAACACCAUAGUUUGUCCACUUUUUUCUAAGCCAUCUUCACCCCUCUUUGUAGAAGAGAAGGGCAGACUGAUAGCUAUGAUGUUUGAGCUUAUAAUUCCAUUUUUCCGAAGUGUCCCACCACCCGAAGUUGAGAAGCGUCUUUACGCACUCUGUAUUAAUGGUUUAAAGCUUCCGUUAUACACCUUUCACUCUAUCCAGGCUAUGAUAAACUGUUACAACGUACUUCGAAGCUAUAGCUUGUCAAUCACGGCUCUACAUCAGGCUGAUGUGACCGAUCCCACCAAGCUAAUUGUUUUUGAAGCUCUUGGUCACUUAAACAAUUCAUCUGUUAUAUCGAAAGCUUUCAAUAUUGUUCUUUAUACUUUCUUGGUGUUGGAGGAGAAUUUCAACUUAUUGCAUAGCACCGGGGAGCCAAAUAAGGUAAUGGAUUUUUACAUAUCGCUAUGGCGCCGACUAGAGGCACAACAAGGUUUGUUGAACGCCUAUCAACUGCAGUUACCAGUAAAGGGAAGUGAUUUGAGAAAUAUUAAGGGGAUAAAACCAAUCAAUAUUGGGGCUCUGUUAAUUGAUAUUCGUAAAAAAGUUAUACUGAAUCCAUCAAUCAGUCGCGAAGAAAUAAUCGAUUGGUUAAAAGAAGUGGGAGGAAGUAAUCUAAAGACUUGA